ACCCACUUUCUUUUUCUUGCUUUUCUUUCCCUCCUUUUUCACCUUCAUUUGCAUAAUUCACCAUGAUAUGAUGACAACCCCUUUCUUUUUUCUUUCUUGAUUUGUCUAUAUAAUUGACACUCUCUAUCAACCAUGUUUUUACCCAUCCAUGGGACUUAGCAGCAUGAAGGUGCAUCAGUUUGCACGUGGUGGUGGGUUCUGGGGGGACGAUGAUCAAUCCUCAUCCUCUGGCCUCACCCUCGGUGUCUGCAAACGCUUACACCCUCUCACACCGAAGUUGACAACUAGUGAUAGCACUGACACUUGUUUCACCAUGAAUAAUAUUAGCGUUAACGUUAGCAAUAGCAGUAGUAGUAAUAGCCAUGUCACACCCGCUACUUUUGAUCUCAAGAGCUUCAUUAGACCUGAAAGUUGUCCUAUUCAACUUGUUUCACCUGACCACAAGAAAGAUUCUCCUCAGGUGGAAACACAUCCAGGAGGAACAAGAUGGAAUCCAACACAAGAGCAAAUUGGAAUCUUGGAGAUGUUAUAUAGAGGUGGAAUGCGGACUCCAAACGCACAACAAAUCGAACAAAUCACUUCACAACUAUGCAAGUAUGGCAAAAUAGAAGGCAAGAAUGUGUUCUAUUGGUUCCAAAAUCAUAAAGCACGUGAGAGACAAAAGCAGAAGCGUAACAACCUCGGUCUUAACCAUUCCUUAAGAUCAACCCCAGCCUCCACCAUGAUCAACUCCAUCUCAUUAAACCCUAGAGGAGAAGUAGUGGAGAGUCCAUACAAGAAGUGUAGAAGUUGGUCAUUUGAGUGUUUGGAAAAAGAUGAGGAAGAUAAUAAAACAUUGGAGCUCUUUCCUUUACAUCCAGAAGGAAGAUCAAGAUCGUCUUGAAGUGAUAUGAAAAGGGUUUUUCCAGGAGUUUAAGGUCACUUAGUUGCUGAAAUUCUUAUGCUCCUUUUUGGUUAAACUUUCACUUUCGUUGGCUCUUUUCUUCUUUGUUUCCGGAAAGAAGAGAGACAAUUUGUAUCCUUGUACCCUCUCAACAUCUUGUACCCUCUAAACAUCUUUAUGUCUUAUUUAUUUUGACUUUGGAAACCAAAGCGUGCUUUAUCUUGGAAAA